CUACAAAUUUGUCUGACGUUUGUGUGAAUGAAUUGAUUUUUUUCUAAAAUGUCGCUAAUGGACAAAGUGACGAUGCUUAUGGCCCGCCCAGGGGGCGAGAAUGCCCAGAAGGAUGACGUUCCCUGGUGGAUGCGAACUGGUGGUCGCGCACUGGGCACAGUUGGCAGUUUUAUUGCUAUCAUCUUGGGCCUGUUCAACAUCUUAAGCAUUGUGGUGCUGAAUGUAAGCUGUCUUAUAGCCGGCAUAUGGCAGAUGCUGGCCGGAUUCAUAGUCAUAGUCUGUGAGGCUCCAUGCUGCUGCUUCUUCAUAGACUACGUUCAGACCCUCUCUGACAGGGUUGAGGCUCGUCCAUACUGGAACAAAGCAGCGUUGUACAUUGGGUUGGCUCUCCCUCCAUUCUUCCUAUGUUUCCUCAGCCUGAGCACUUGGUUUGGCAGUGGUUUGAUAUUCGCCACUGGAAUCAUUUAUGGAAUGAUGGCAUUAGGCAAAAAAGGGUCGAUCGACGAUAUGCGGACGUCGGCGGUGAACCUGGAGGCGGGUCUGCAGCCCAGCACCGCCCCCCGCGCGACGCUCGUCACCAACGAGCAGCCCUUCAGCUUCACCGGACCGCCCCGCAUGACCCCCUAACCCUCCCCCGGCACUAGUGAGUGAAUAUCCCAGUUUACCCCCCGCAACAUUCGCGUAAUACCCUGAAUAUUGUAUCUUACGUUCAUUUUAGUGUUUCCAAUUAAGUAUCCAACUUAUUUAAAAUUGUUUCAAAACAAUUCACCGGUGAGCCAUUUGUGACUCGUGGCUCGGCUUUUUGUAACAAUAUUUUGAGAAAGAAGUAAUUUAAAACUUUGAGUAAGAUAACUUCGUUUCCUGUUAUAUAAGGUAACCAUUUAAGCUGUUUAAAGUGUCCUCCGUGUAUAAGUAACGCCAAAUUGUUACCUUGGUUUGUUCGCUUGUAGAUAGACAUAAUUUUAGAUCUAGAUUUACCGAGUGUAACAGAAGUCUAAGUAUAUUCAACGUUUUAUAGUGGAUACUGAGUAGAUCAAUUUUUAAAUGUUAUUUAUUAACGUGUACUAUAAUAACUUUUAAACCAAAAUAAUAACAAGAUUUUGGACCAAUCACUGUCGCGGACGAAAUAAAUAAUAAUCAAGAACUCGUUGUAAAUUAUUGAAUGUUGGCGUGUAAUAAUGCUUUAUGUGAACUUAUUCUGUGUACGAUGUACGCGUUUGUGACGCCUGCCCUUUUAAACUAUAAGGUGUAACAAAACAAAGUAUUAAGGGUGUGUAGUCCCCUGUAAAGAGCAACUUUUUAAACUUGUAUGGGCAAAUUCAUAAAUGCUAGGACACUGCCCA